CAUGGCGCAGUCCCGAAGAGGUACGAGGACGGACAAGCAAGUCGUCAGCUACCCUUGAAACAGUGUAUCUUUGUGGCCGGACCACUGCCUCAUCUAUACUUAUCCUCGUCCAAACCGAGAUCGCUUUACGGCUAGCCUCAAACCGACCAUGGCGCUUGAUCAUCCAUCCACCGUGGCGGUAACACCAGUCGCUAUCAAUAUUCGAGAAGCCAACUCCAUCGAAGACAUCGCCGCCGUGGCCAAGCUCGGCAGUCACGUGUUCUAUGUGACCUUUACACAUACGUGCUCGGCAGAGGAGAUGCGGGCCUACCUUGAGAAGUGCUACUCCGUUGAAGCUAUUGCUAAGGACGCAGCGGAUCCCAUGAAGGACAUCAUCGUGGCCACGAUAACGACUGCACCCAACAGCGUCGACGGCAGCCCGGGUCCGGCACCAGAGGAAGUCUUCGUCGGCUUCGCCCAGCUCACUCGGGGCACGACCAAAUCCUGCCUCGCCCAUGUCGAAAAUUCGGUGGAGCUGCAGCGUCUUUAUGUCCAUCCCGAAUAUCAAGGACGGCGGAUCGGUAGGCUGCUUUGCGAGCGUGUCGAGCACAUGGCGCGCGAGGAGAACUUCCGGAAUAUGUGGCUGGGCGUUUGGGAAGAAAAUGUGGCGGCACAUCACCUGUACCACAAGUUAGGCUACAAGCAGGUCGGCCAGCACGUCUUUGAUGUCGGCGGCAAUAUCCAGACCGACUGGGUCAUGGUGAAGGAGCUGUAGGGAGGAGGAUAUCGGGAAAGACGAAAACGAUGAAUGUACUGCUGGGAAUUAGACGGCCGGGCGUUUUUACGUCGGGACAAGAGGUGCGCAGUUCGGAGAAGACUUGGUCGCAAUCGAGGAUUAUGGCGAUGAUAUCAUUCCACACAACACCUUCGAGACUGAAAAUUAAUAACAAUGAUUUCAUGC